AAAAAUACAGGAUUUUGGCGUUUUUAUUAGAAAUUAUAAAAACGAGCCGCCCUCAAGUGCAAAUAAAUAUCAAAGCGUUCAUAUUUAGUUAAAGCAAACAGAAAUAUAUAAAACAAUCAACAUGUUGGGUACAGCAGCAAUGAAAAUGCUCAUGGACGAGAAUGCCACUGAGAAAUAUAACCAAGUGCAAGUGAAGAAAUUGACAGUGCCUACAAACGAGGCAACCACAAAGCGCGCCGCUUUAGGCGAUAUACAGAAUCGUGGACUGAACCGCAACAUUUCCACCAAAGAUGUGGCCCAAAAAGAGCUAAAAGAUGUUAAAGCACGUGUGGACACACACUGGAAGAAGCAGCCGCUGGCUGUCAACAAUUCCAAUUCCAAUGCAGUCAAGACAACAACAACAAUAAAAACAACAGCACCUCUGCUGCGUUCGCAGUCGCUGCGCACAAACGUCGCCGUCAACACGCGACAGAACUCUUCCAACAAUUUGCGAGCAGCGGCCAAUGGAAAAGUGAAUGCAACUGGAAAGCCUGCUGCCAAGCAGAAAUCCGGCUCCGAUGAGAAGAUGAACACAUUGCGGCGGGAGGACAGCAACUUGGCCAGCAAAUCAUUGACCAAGUUAAGAGCUGCAUUGGCCAAGGCCAAUGUGCCAGCUGCACAGCAACAGCCACAACAACAACAACCUGUGGUCAAUGUGGUCAAGAAGGAGGUAUCAGUGAUCAAGACACAAGUGAUCAAGAAACAGGAAGUGGCCAAGAAGGAGAUUGUUCCAACAACAACAGCUGUAUCUCUUUCCAGUCAACGCCUGGCGAAUGUGGAAGAUAUCGAUGCUGAUGACAAGGAGAAUCUUAUUUUGGUAUCGGAAUAUGUUAACGAUAUCUAUCAAUAUCUGUAUGAGCUGGAGAUUCAGCAACCGAUUCAUGUGGAUCAUUUGGCCAAUCAACUGGAAGUUUCCAGUCGCAUGAGGGCUGUCCUCAUCGAUUGGAUUAAUGAGGUGCACAUGCAGUUCCAUUUGGUGGCCGAAACCUUCCAUUUGGCUGUGGCCAUUAUCGAUCGUUAUCUUCAAGUGGUCAAGAACACAAGGCGCAAACAUUUGCAGUUGGUUGGAGUGACCGCUUUGUUUAUAGCCACCAAAUACGAGGAGUUGUUCCCACCGGCAAUGGCUGAUUUUGUCUUUAUCACCGAUAACACGUACACAGAUCGCGAGAUUCGUCAGAUGGAACUGCAGAUCCUCAAGACUAUCGAUAACAAUCUAUCGCGUCCUUUGCCCAUUCACUUCUUGCGUCGCUACUCGAAGGCCGCCUGUGCCGAGGACGAUCAUCAUGCCAUGUCCAAAUACUUCCUGGAACUGGCCGCCAUGGACUACGAUCUGGCCAGCUACAGGCCCUCUGAGAUUGCCGCCUCUUCGCUGUUUCUCUCGCUGCACUUGCUCAAUGGAAAUUCCAGGGCCGCGACGGGAUUCAAUGACAAGCACUGGACAGACACAUUAGUGCAUUAUUCCCAGUAUACGGCCCAGCAUUUGCGUCCGAUAACACGACAAAUCGCCAAAUUGGUGCGAGAGGCGCCAGCAGCGAAAUUGAAAUCGAUUUAUAUUAAAUAUCAGGCCAACAAGUUCCAGAAGAUUUCACUGCGCCAAGAGCUGAGUUCCCCUCUCCUGGAUUCCAUUGUGGGAAUUUCCAAGAAGUAGAGAGAACACACUUCCAACAUUUUCAUUAUUAGUUUAUGCAGUCUUCGUUUUAAUUCAACUGCAAGUUUAGUUCAAUUUGUUUACUAUAUUUAAAUUUGUGUAAUUUUUCGUGUUCUUCACUUUGUGCGUUUGUGUGUGUAAUAAUGAUCAUAUUGAUGAUGUAAUAAUGAUGAACGUUUUGCAUUUGUGUCGUCGCCGUUUUUAAGGCGAUCAACAACAAAGGCAGUCCACCCUCCCCACUUCCAAUAUACUCUAUCUUGAGUUUGCCAUCCCCUUCCCACUCAUAUACUGCUGCCAUAUAUGGUUUUUAUAUGUAUGUAUGUAAUGUGUUUUUACAAUAUCCUGCGUGCAAGAGAGAGAAAGCUACAGACACUGAGAGCACCAAUAGAGAGAGAGAGCUUAAACGGUGAGCAACGAGCGCAUUUGCUGGCUAAACUGAUCGGCGUUGCCUCUUAAAUAAUUUAAGUAAAUAUUUCAAAAAAAAAAAACAAAAAGGAGAAAAAUAAGCAAACAUUAUUUUAAACAUAUUUGUAUUUAUAGUUUAAGCAAUUGAGUUUAGAAAUUGUGCUAUGUAUUAAAGAAACCACAACAUAUGUAUUAACUUAUCUACAACUUGUGUACAUUAAAUACACUUAAUAAAAAGACGAGAACUCAGUUUAAUAAACAUUGCAAAUAAA